UUUGUUACUUCCCAUUGUUGUUCGAUGCACUUAGUCACAGCUUAUGCCUUAAAAGCGACGAUACCGCUUUUUGAUUUGUCAUUUUCAUGAAAGCAACGCUCACACGUUGAUAUCGAACAUUAGCGCCAGAUAGGGCGACCUUGGGCAUGUGCGUCAAACGAAAAUAUCAACAAAGGAGCAGCUGUGAGCAGGAGCAGAGCAGCAGUUGGUCUGGCGUCGUCAUUCAGAGAAGACCAGAAUGGGGCGUGUGUAUCUGCGACACAUCGGCGGGAAGCGGCUGUUCUCCUGCCGCAACUGCAACACGGUGCUGACCAAUCGCAGCAAGCUGAUCAGCACCCGCUUCACGGGCUCUACAGGGCGCGCCUUCCUCUUCACGGACGUGGUCAACCUCAAGUUCAGCGAGAUCCAGGAGCGCCAGAUGCUGACCGGCCGACACAUGGUGCGCGACGUGUCCUGCAAGUACUGCGACACCAAGCUCGGCUGGAUCUACGAGUUCGCCACCGAGGAGCAGCAGCGGUAUAAGGAGGGUCGCGUGAUCCUGGAGCAGGCCCUGAUCAAAGAGAGUGACGGCAUCGAGGGAGACGAUGACCUGGCCAUCCCCGCCGAAGACUCGAGCGACUGAUGGACCCGCCCGCGGU